AUGACUUCAAAUCCAACGGAAACAGAUGAUGAUGAUUAUCAAAUUCGAUACGAAGAUGAUGAAAGAACAAUUGACGAAGAAGAAGAAGAACAAUCAAGUACAGAUGAUGAACAAAAUGAAUUAACUCAUUUAAAAGUUGAUGCAAAUAUGCCUUUGGAUGAAUUGUUUAAAUUGUAUAGUAAGAAUAUACCAACAAUCACUAAUGAAAUCAUACAAGAUGAUGAAGAUUCAUUUAGUUCAUCAGAUGUUGAAGAUGAUGACGACGAUGAUGAUGACGAUCGAAGACAUCAUUUACUUCAUAUGAAUGGAGAAUUAUUACCUGAUAAUGAUGAUGAUGAUACAGAAGAUAGUUUAUAUGAGCCUGAUAUAGUUAAACUUGUUAAUAUUGGUGAUGAAUAUCAAGCACAAAUUGAAUUAAAAGCAAAAUAUGAUUUAUCGAAUGAAUAUGAUGAUGAUAGAGAUGUACCGAUUGAUGAAUUACUUUGGUCAUCAUCCUCUGUAACUGAUAGUGACAAUGAAAAUAUUGAUGAAUAUCUUAAAAUAAUUCAUACUGAAUAUCCAUCAUCAGAUGAUGAAAUAUCUCUUCAAACUCUUUUGAAUUGUCAAUUAAAUACUGAACUAGCACUUAUCAAAUUUCGUCAAUUAUCAAAUAAAACUAUUUAUUCCUAUUCUGCAUGGUCAUUAGCUGAAAUAGAAAAUUUUGAAGAAGGUUUACGUGAAUAUGGAAAGAAUUUUUUUAGAAUUUCUACCUAUAAAUGUUCAAAUCGAUCUGUUCGUGAAAUAGUUCAUUUUUAUUAUCAAUGGAAAAAAAGUGAACGAUAUCAAUUGUUUAUUGAAGAACAACAACGUAUUAAUUCACUUACUUCUGUCAGUGACAUAAUUGAAAAAUUUAUCGAAGAACAAGAACAACAAUUUUGUACGGCAGCUGGGGUAGUUGAUCCAACAAAUCCAACGUCUUUUCUUUCAAAUGACUUUAAACUUCACGCACCAUUAUCAUCGACUUCUUCAAUUUCCAUUGUAACUAUUCAUCAACAAGAGACAACAGCAACAACAACAAAACGAUCAUUUGAUCAAGUUGAUAAUGGUGACGAACCAUCAUCAAAAAAAACUUCAAUUAAUACAAAAACUUCUUCAGCUGAGACAACUGCAAGUAUCGUGUAG